CGUGUCGGCGCUGAGUAGUCACAGCGCCUCCACCUCGGCCUCCUCCACCACACACUCCACCAUGAGGCUCCUGCUAAACCUCCUCCUCCCCGCCGCCCUCCUGGCCGCCGCCGCCGCCGACAAGGGUGCCGGCAACGGCUUUGGUACCAACGGGAACGGCCCCAGCACCAGCUAUGGCACUCCCAACGGCAACGGGCCAAGUAACACUUAUGGCACUCCCAACGGCAACGGCUUUGGUAACGGCAACGGUUUCGGUAACGGCAACGGCCCCAGCACCAGCUACGGAACCCCCAACGGCAACGGCCCCAGCAGCACCUACGGGCUCCCCAACGGCAACAACGGGUACGGCCAGGACCCGCUGGCCGAGCUGGGCGAGAACAUCCCCGGCGGCGGCGUGCCCGGCGAGGACUACCCGGUGCUGGCCGCCGUGCCCGACACCGGCUUCUCUUGCGACGACCAGGCGGUGCCCGGCUACUACGCUGACGCCGCCCCCGAGGCCGGCUGCCAGGUGUUCCACAUCUGCCAGGAGCGGCCCGGCGGCCGCCGCCAGCAGGACUCCUUCCUCUGCCCCAACGGCACCGUCUUCAACCAGCAGUACCUCGUGUGCGACUGGUGGUUCAACUUCGACUGCGCCACCGCCGAGGGCCUCUACUCCGUCAACGAGCAGCUCUUCGCCGAGGCCGGCGGCUACGGCUACCAGGCGCCCGCCAACGGGAACGGCAUCGCCUACGGGAACGGCAACGGAAACGGUAACGGCAAUGGCAACGGCAACGGCAACGCCUACGGGAACGGCAGCGGUAACGGCAAUGGCAACGGCAGGAACGGCAAUGGCGCUCCCUCCACCUCCUACUCUGCCCCCAGCAACGGCAGGAACGGCAACGGCAACGGAAGGAACGGCUAUGGUAACGGAAAUGGCAACGGUAACGGCAACGGUGCUCCUUCCACCGCCUACUCUGCCCCCACCAACGGUAACGGGUACGGCGGCAACGGUAACGGUGCCCCGUCCAGCGCCUACAGCACGCCCUUCUAAGACGAUGCCCCGCCCCCUCCCCGCCCCGCCCCGCCCCGUGGCGGCUGUCUGUACAUAGCUUCCCUGCACCGCCCCUCGAGGCCUAUUUAAUAAAGCUUGGCGAUGUUA